AGUGCUGAAGUAAUUAUAGAUUUGUUCUGCAAGCCCUUUCAUCGGAGCCAAGAACAGAGCGCACAUCUACGCGGCAGAAUUCACAGCCUCCCAUGUUCAGUUAGCCUACAUACGAAGGAUUCCCAGCUCGGCAGUGCGGCUCGGUUGAUAUGGACCAUGCAGUGGAGACUCGUUGGUGCAAACGAAAUGUAAAUACGUGUUUCGAGAUCGCGUUUCAGCAAGUACCAACAUUGGAUCCGAUCAGAGAACUGAUGCCAAAGCCGAAGCGAUCAAGCGCCCAAGUAAUGUUUGACGCCAGGUGCACAUUGACUAAACAAGUGAAUUCGUGGAGUUUGCCGACUGAACAGGUUACAACUCUCUCUCAUGAUUGUCACGCCGUUUUACCCCCGACCCGCUCUCCUCGGUGCUCCGGGCCGUUCAUCUUGGUCCUCUGUGUUGAUAUCCUGUCGGAUUUUAUCAAACUACCUCGGGAAGAGAAGUGCAGCUCAUGUGCCAACAAGUCGUGUCGGAUGCUGGUCAAUUCAAGGGCGAUAGUGCAAUUCGACAUACGAAUUGCGUCUGACUUACAGAAGUGCGCCCACAACUUGGGGCUUGCAUCAAAUAUGCGCCCCAUCCCCUCUCAUCCUGAGGCUAGGAACAGUCUAUAUGACCACCUCCCCGCUAGUUCCUGGUGGGGAUACGCGCACUUCAGCUCAUGAUGAGUGCUGCGCUUCAGGCCCCAAUUCCUUUUUUCACGGUACCCAUCCCGAUGGGUAAAAUUCCGUAUUGCCUCCCUAACAAU